AUGCUGGAAAAUAUCAUCGACCUGUGCGACCUGUACCGCGCCGGACAGAGGACGAAGGGGAGCAUACCCACGGGCCUUUUCGCCCUCGUCGAGCCCGAGCCCAUGCUCACGCUGCUUUGCCUCGUGAUGGCCUCGGACAGCCACGUGAAGGACCCGUCGCUUCGGGGGAAGGCGGUUAAACUCAUGAACAAGCUCUGCUUCGCGUUCCCGACCUGGCAGCAGCUGUGGUACCGGCCGCCCUUCUCGAAGCAGCUCGUCCCGUGCCUCUUGAACGUGUUCAUCGGCGUGGAGAAGGCUAUCAUGAGCUACUACGAUCUGUCCGACAGGUACAAAUACCACUUGCGGUUGCCAGUGAUCGAGAUCUUUGAGACGGUGCUCCAGGAUGAGGGUCACCGCCAGAUUCUCGAUGAAUUCUGCAAGACGAACCCGGACACUCUGGCCAAGAUGCUGACGCAGCUCAUCAACGAUCUCAACUCUCAGACAGAGGAGGGCAUCCGAACAGUCAAGGAAUACCAGGAGAACAAGCAUAAGGAUUCCUCGGGUGGGGCCUCGUCUUCAGCCCCCUCGGGUCCUGCUGCGGUUAACCACGACGAAGAGGUUGUCGCUGACGACACCACAGGAGAGGCCAACGAAGAUAUAUACCGCCGCAGCCGCAUGAACUACAAGGAGCACGCAAAGAAGUACUUCGGGCUUGCUUCCAGGACUUGGAAGAUGUUGUGGUUGCUCUGCAAACACGUCGGGCACCGCAUUGUGGAGGGGCACACCAUCCUCGAGCAGCUCCUACACACGUCCCUUGACGCUCAGCUGCAUUUCUUGGUUGGCCCCGAGAUGAAAAACAUCAAGUCCUCCCCGCAGGAAUAUGAUGAGCUGGGCUUUAACCCCAAGGAGCUUAUCAAGCAAAUUGUUGAGAUUUAUCUCUUCCUGGUGCGCGCAAAUAAGGUGGAGGUUACGCGUGUCGUAGGGAAGGACGAGCGAUAUUAUAAGCCGGAGACUUUCAGCAAAGCCGUCAGGUUCGUGAAGAAGCACGGUUUGUUGAACGUGAAGGAAGGUGAGGAUUUCGACGUGUUUGUGAAGGGCUUGGCCGAACACACUGCGCAGCAAAGGUCAGCGUUCGACCAAGCUGACAUUCCCGAAGAGUUCUUGUGCGAGAUGAUGGCUGACAUCAUGAGUGACCCUGUGCAGUUCCCCCAGAGCAAGAAGGUAGUCGACCGCUGGGUUGCCGAACGUCAGAUCAUGAGUACAGAUCUCGACCCCUACGCCAACACGCCAGUGAAGAAGGAGGACCUCAUACCGAUGACAGAACUGAGAGAGCGCAUCCACAGAUUCGCCCAGGAGAAGGGCAUCGAACUUGAAGGGGGUAAUAUGUUUGGCUAG